AUUGGAAAUAUGUAUGAAGCAGCAAGACUGUCAAUGUUACGCUUCUACAUUGCAACAAAGUCCAAAGAUCCAGGACAAGAUGACAGUGACACAUCAGAAGUUGUAUUUGUCUUGGAAAGCAGUACCAGUGAAAUUAAUCCGUUGCAGGUGGUAGAAGUCAGGAGUAAUUCUGUAGAAGUCCAACAUAGUGCAGAACUUUUUGAUGACUCAGAAAUUACUUUUGGUCCCAUACUUGAUGCCGAGGAAGACACAGAAGACACAUUAAUCUAUGAGGGGUUUCUUGUACCUCUCAGUCCAGCAAAUCCAGAGGAUGUGAUAACAAUCACUGUACGCCAUACAGACACUUUACAUGACCUUAUUAGUGCUUUCUCUGAUGAAGAGAUAAUGAGAAAAACACUGAAAGUUAAGCGCAUACUUCCAGACAACACAGAAGAAGCAGGCGCUGGCUCAGGAAUACUGAGAGAUGUACUCACUUGCUUCUGGAAUGAAUUCUAUGAGCGAUGCACCCUUGGUACAACAGUGAAAGUGCCAUUCAUCCGUCAUGACUUUCCUGCUGAGAAAUGGAAGGCAGUUGGACGAAUACUUUUGAAAGGUUACCAAGACUGUCAGUACUUUCCAAAUAAAAUUGCAAUCCCUUUUUAUGAACAAGUGCUUUUCAAUAAUGUUUACAGUGAUCUUAAAGCACAUUUUCUACAGUUUGUCAGCAGCCAAGAAUGUGAAGUUUUGAGGGAGGCAGUUAGUAA